GGAAGACCCGAUCAGAUUAGUCCUUGGGAUAUUUUCCUUUCUUAAGAGAGAGAGAAAGAGAAAAAAAAAAUGACAAUAAUCUUUACUUCGUCCAGCGUUGAAGUGCUUCUCCACCUGAUUCAAACAUGCAGCCACGGCGACCCACACAGAACCUUCAAAGUCAAUCCAAUAGCAGCCCGAAGAUGUCUGGGUGUACGCGUGUGCUCAAGUGUCUGUGACUGCGAGCAGAGCGAGCGGAGAGCUGGAGACGAUGUGUGCGUGUGUGCGCGCGCGAGAGGAGCGCGCGCGAGGGGGGGGCGCGGGGCCGCGCAUUCGCGCGCGCCAAGGCCGCUCCGAAGAGGAGGAGGAGGAGGAAGAAGGAGGAGGAAGAGGAGGAGGAGGAGGAGAAGGAGGAGGAGGAGAAAGUGGCCCUCAGCGGCCGGUCGGAUUAAAAGUAACCAGACUCGUCCAGAAAACUGCGUCCAGGAAGGAAGUGACAGAAGACGAAUGGGAAAAGGAGAACAGCUCACAGCGUUUGAAACAUCGCGGCACCACUUUCAGAUAAAAACAUGGACCUGAAUGGCAUCAUCCAGUAUCCAAGGAAACCAUGCUUGCUUGAAGAGUGAGUAAGUGGGCAAAGAGAGAAGAUUACAUGUUUAAACCAAGAAAAGAAUCUUGAAAAAACAUUGAAAAGAGCAACUUUCAAGUCAAAAGAAUCAAGGUGAAGAGAAUAGGUACUCAUGCCCAUGUGAAUUUGCUGCCCCAAAUCUACUGAAAGAUCAAGCUUCAGAUUUCCAUAGCUAUAGCCUGAAGAAUUUCUGUAAUGAACUAGAAAUAAUCAGUAAAAGAUCAGUUGCAGCUAGAAAGACAUUAUAAUCUGGAUUUUCCUAGGAUUAUUAAAUUUGAAAAUGAUUUAUUCCAAAUUUUAACUUAGCUUUCAAUUUUACUACUGUCAAAAUGUUGUUCUACUUUGGAUAACUGAUUUUUUCAUUACAGAGUCAAUACCAUUUUUGCAGGGUGGUUUAAAGGCCAAUAAUUUAAUCCACAUUCUGCUAAAACUUUUAAUAUAAGCAUUUUACCCACCCCGAUGUAUUUUUUUUUAUUCAAAAAAAUCUGAUUUUAAUUGCUAAAACUCAUUUUUAAAUAUUAAUUCAGUGAAAGAAAUGCUAUGGUUUUUCUCCUAUUUUUAUUUCUGAAACUCAAGGGAAAACAUGGAUGAAAAACAAUAAAGUGUUCUGCAUAGAGUCUUCUUUAAUGUCUCAGUUUGGUGAUAUAUGAAAUAAAAACCAAAUUGUUUGAACCAGCUAAAA